AUGGAUAUCGAAGAGAGGCUUGAGGAAUUGAAGCGUUCGUUCAAGGAUGACAUUGCGAAUCUCGUGGCCAAGAAUGCCGAGUUGGAAGCACGGAACCAAGAGUCCGAUAAGAAAAUUUCGGAACUCCGACAGCUGGUAGAAGGAAAGAAUGGUGGAAGAAUUGAUAACGACGAAAGUGAUGACAAGAUUUGGAUGAACACAAAUGCAUACACCUUCCUCUAUACCUCGCCGAUGUGUAGUGGACCGUUCAUUGCCGGCGUCACAACUUGCCUCCUGCAGUAUAUUGUUUUCUCGUUGUUCUUGUUGGAUCUCUUGAACACCACGUCGAUUCCACCGGGAGUGGCCGCACUUGUACGAGUAUGUCAGGCGAUUGCUAUCCUCAUUGCCUUUGUGGUGGAAUCCGACAUGCUACUUGCUCUGCGUGCCAUAUUCUAUUGUGAAGGAUUUGUGGAAAUGAUAGUCGAUUUCGACGACGACUUUAAUCCACGAAAGUUUUAUUUUGGAAAUACUCUCAUGGGCAUGCAGGGCUUGCUGGGCAAAUUUGUUGCAUUCUUGCUGAUCAUCUUUGCCGAUAACGUGUUUGAUUUGCUGCUGAAUUUUACAGCGGUCAUGUUCGUAUCCGAGUUGGAUGAAAUCGUCUUCUUACUCUCGGCGAAUGGCUACGUUGGCAAAAAAGCUGAAUUUCUCGCCAAAAAGAUCCAAAGAACAAAGUUUCCACAGCGCCCUCCAAAAGGAAUCAUGCGGUACAUGCACCUAUUCCUUUAUGGUUUGACAAUGGUCGUUGCAUUCAUCGCCUUUGCCAUUAUUGCUCGUCAGCAAGACAGCCAAGAGAGUCUUGCCGAUUUUGUGAAGGUUCAAUUUGGAGAUGAAGUCGAUCCGACUCUUGGUUUGUUCUCAGGCUGCUAUGAGAAACAAUUAAAUGAUGGUUGGAAUGCAAGGGUCCGGUAUGUACAGACUCAGACCGAUCGUGGAAAGGGUAAUUUUGAAUAUUGUCUUGACGAUGGUCUACAAACAUGGGUGUUUGCCAAGGUUCAAUCGGAGACGGCUUGUACUGGUAAUUUCGCGCUUCAGUCAGCAGAGGAGCGGUCGACUAGCUUUGACCUGCUCGAUGCCAAGGGCGACCAAUGGUUGCUGGGAACUGGGAACCCGAUUGGAGAGUUCCAAUUGGGAGAAAUCGAUCCUAGUCGGUUCGAGAUUGAAUGUGGCAACAUAUCGGUCGAAGGCGGCACAGCGAAUGCACCAGAGGAGCUGUGUCCGAUCAUGACGAUUGAUGCAGAUGCGGUUGGAUUUUCUGGUAGCCGUGAUUGGUCCAGAACCUUUGUGCUGUUGGAGAACGUGAACACCGAAGCUGUGCAGUACUACCAGCGUCCAGUGUUCAUUGGAGACUUUCCGGGUACGGAAGGAUACGAAGUGCUGUUUUUUGCAGGGCGCAGAUGGGCUCUAGCAAGCGCUAAACAGCUGUUGGCUGAAGACGGCGACCCUUUCAAUAGGGAUGAAGUCAUUUCGUUGUUUCAAACCUCCACCUUUUGGCUUUUGGAGCUUUCAGCAGAAGCACUGUCCUAUCUAAGCGAGGAUGUGAACCAAGGCAAUGAUCGAGGAACACCACUGGGUCUCCAGUGGUACAAUGCCCGACAUGCAGACGGUGUUGCCUUCCCUUUUGCUGAUAUCAGUCGCCCAGUCGAUGCAUCAUUCCGAUGUGGCAAGUGCAACGGUAGGAACAAUCCAUGUCUGUAUGAAGGGAUAUGCCAAGAUGACGGCACGUGCAAUUGCAGGCACGGGGCAUCAGGGAAACUAUGCGAGAUCAAGCCACUUGGCGAUGGAGUUUGCAAUCCAUUCUUCAACACGGCGCCGGAUGAGUACGAUGGUGGGGACUGCUGCGUGGCCACAUGCUCGAAAACAAGUUGUGGAGUAGGAGCAAUGGACUUUGCCUUUAGUCAAAGUCUGACACGGAAUGGUACUGGUUUCCAACAUUGUACCGACCCGUCGAUGGUACCACUUACCAUACUUCUUGAUACGGAGAUUGAACUCGUACAAGGAGGCACUUUCUUUGAAUCAUAUACAGUUGAAGUCAUGUGUGAAGGUGGAGCAAGAGCUCCCUUGCGUGUAGCCCUGGACCCAUAUAUAGAGGGGAAACUAAACGAGACUCUGUACGUUGAUGACAAGACAGGAUCGUGCCUUUUAUCGUUCACUGGUAUUCAGUCUUUUAGCGGGCUCAGCAUUUCCUACCAAAUAGUGGAUGGGUCAGAUUCCAGUGCAGAAAUGUUGUUGAUGAAUGAAACAAAGAAUAUCUCUGUGGAUGGGAGAUUUACCUUGCCCACACUAUACAGUAGGUGCCUAAAGGAGACUCUGGUAGGGGUUAUUGACCCUAAUCAUUUGUAUACUGGGAGUUAUCAAGAUGAGGCAUUUGCUUGGCUCAGCAAUGAAGCGCCUAUGUACCCGGACUGUUCCUCGAAUCAAGAUUAUCUUAUUCAACGCUUCGCGAUGGUGGCUUUGAACACUGCGGAGGAAGCACCCAAAAGUUGGAUCUCGUCCAGUGAUCAUUGCCUGUGGUCACGAGUAACGUGUGAUGGUUCGCGAGUUGUAGAGUUGACCUAUGAUGGCAACACAAAUGGAGGGCUGGGGGGCUCUCUGGCAAAUGAAUUUACGCUUCUCCGGCAUUUAGAGCGACUUGAAAUUUUUGGCAACAAUUUUAUACUGGGCACAAUUCCAGCAGAGAUUUCGGAGCUAACGGCUCUGACAGCCUUGAUAUUUCAAGCCAACCAGAGAACUGGAACCAUUCCAUCUGGGAUCUUUGAGUUGACAGCAUUGGAGGAAAUAUCCAUGGCAGGCAAUGCUUUGUCGGGGACCCUAACCCCAGCCCUUGGAUAUUUGAAUUCUCUUUCGGUCCUUACAUUGUAUAGGAAUUUUAUAGUGGGAACUAUUCCCUCAGAGGUUGGAAAAUUAAGCUUUUUGCAAAGUCUAGAUCUAGGGAUCAAUGGUUUGGUUGGAACGAUUCCCUCCGAGAUUGGAAGACUUACAUCUUUGACGGUACUUGGACUGAACAUCAAUGGUCUAUCAGAAUCUAUACCCUCCCAGAUUAGCAGUUUGACUUCUUUGCAAACUUUAUAUCUGUUCUCUAAUUUUUUGACAGGAGCGCUUUCUUCAGAGAUUGGAUCAUUGAGUUCUUUAACAGAUUUAUGGUUGUACAACAAUACUUUAUCAGGCACGGUUUGCACGGAGAUUGGCAAGUUGACUGAUCUGGAGCAGCUUUUCAUGGACAACAAUGCUUUCACUGGUACUAUUCCCUCAGAGGUUGGAAACAUGAGUUCUUUAAUAUGGCUAUCUCUUCCAGAUAAUGCCUUAUCAGGAAAUUUGCCUUCCGAGAUUGGAGAAUUAUCUGCUUUGACCGCACUUUGGCUCCAUGACAAUGGCUUUUCCGGAACCUACAAGAAUGCUUUCACUGGUACUAUUCCCUCAGAGGUUGGAAAGUUGAGUGCUUUGAAACAGUUAUACUUACAAAACAACGCUCUAUCAGGAACCGUUUUGCCCUCGGAGAUUGGCAAUUUGAGUUCUUUGGAGGAAAUGGUCCUAUUCCAAAAUGCCCUUUCAGGAACGAUUUGCUCGGAGGUGGGAAAGGUACUCUCCUUAAAGAUAUUGCAACUGAACACCAACUCAAUAACAGGAAGCAUUCCCUCCGAGAUUGGAAAUUUGAGUGCCCUUUCGUUUCUUUCCAUCUACGACAACGCUAUUUCUGGAACGAUUUGUUCGGAAAUUGGAAGAUUGAGUAAUUUGACAUCACUUUUCCUAAACACCAAUGCAAUAAAAGAAACGAUUCCCUCAGAAAUUGGGAGUUUGAAAGCCCUAGCGUUUCUUUCACUCUACGACAACGCUUUUUCUGGAACUCUUCCGUCGGAGGUAGGAACCAUGACUGCUUUGAGAGAUUUUUGGUCAUACAACAAUGCUUUGUCUGGGACCCUUCCGUCGCAGGUAGGAACUAUGACCUCAUUGCGCACACUGCAUUUGAACAACAACGUUCUAUCUGGAACGCUUUGCUCAGAAAUUGGAAGCUUGAGUUCUUUGUCUGAGCUAUUUUUGCACAACAAUGCCAUGUCUGGAGCUGUUCCCUCAGAGGUUGGAAGUUUGAGUGCUUUGACAGCACUGUACCUCUACAACAAUACUUUCUCUGGAACUUUAAGUUCUUUGAUAGGAAACUUGAAGAAUUUGAUAGCACUUGGACUCCACGAAAAUGCAAUCAAUGGAAGUCUUCCGACUACGAUUGGUUUGCUCGAUGAUCUAGUCUAUCUGAAUGUGCGAGACAACCUUCUCAAUGAAACUGUACCAAGCGAAAUUGGACUCUUGACCAAUCUUCAGUUUUUGAUUAUGGAUGGGAACAAUCUAGAAUCACCGCUUCCAAGUGAAAUCCUGCAGUUGACGAAUUUGAAUCAGCUGGCAUUAUCCGGAAAUCGUUUCAGCGAGGAAGAAGUUAAUGACGCCAUGGCUGCCCUUGGUUUGUUUUAA